AAUCAAUCCAAGGUGAGUCUUCAGUGGCAUGGAAGGUUGAUAAUCCAGCUGCGCGCACGGACCAAUCAUGUUCUCCGCUCCUGUUCCGCGGCGGAACUUUUUCUUUGCCGCCGCCUCUUGCAGUCCGGACUUCUUCCCCCUCCCCAGUGCACUUUUACGCUCUGACGAACUGUCGUUUCAUACCUAUAUACUACCACAGCCCUACAAAUGGGUGUUCCGAAUAACAGCCUGCACGAGCUGGAACGCCAGCGCCUCGAACUUGAGGGGAACAUCUCGAAGCUGCAAGACUCCCUUUACCAUUGGAGGACGUGGGAGGCCGAGUACGAUGGCCUCAAAGAGGAAAUCAACGAACUAGGCGACGAUGCGACGAUACACGACUACCUCCAAGUGGGCCGCGAUUUUGGCGGCUCCUUGGUCAAUGAAGACGAAGUCAAAGUGAUCCUGGGAGAGAAACAGGGUGUGACGCGAACCAAACAACAGGUGGUCGAUCUGGUAACAAGGCGGAUCGACUAUGUGAAGCAAAAUGCUGCUACUAUGGAAAAACGACUACGUGCGGCAGAGGACAAACUGUAUGCGCUCGACUCGCAGGAUCAACUACCGGCAGAACCUACGGCGGAAUUUCCAAUGACAGAGAUUUUCGAAGAACUCGAUGAGAACGGCGAUGUGAUUUCAAGCAAGGUUACAACACCCGGGAGCCAGGCACCGGACCUUUUGGAGGUUUUGAAGAAAGCUGGUGUCAAAGAUAUACCGGAUGUGGUCAAGGCCGAUACGUCGGCCCCAAGCUCGUCACAGUCAACCGCUCAGACUACGGAGGAGGUCUCCAGUACGGGAGCACACGAAUCUAUCAGCGAGGGGCCUCCAACUUCUAGUUCCAGAGGCAAUGCCCCGGAGGCUAAGCCUGUUGCGUUGGACCCAACUAUUGAAGUUCACGGCGAGCGUCCUGUUAUCGAAGUCGACGAAUCUCCAGAGGAUGCCCAACUACGCCGUGAGAUGCUGCAAUAUAGUCUCAAUGAAGUGGGAUCUGUCGUGGCCGAACUCGAGCUGGACGAGGGUGCAAGUGAUAUAUCUGUUGACGAUGACUAUGGUUAUGACUUUGAUGACGACGACGAAGAAGAAGAAGAAGAAGAAGAAGAGGAUGAAUACGGAAGAACCACAGGGCGUGUGCUGAGUGAAGACUACCACCGCCAGAUGCGUGAGUUGGAGCAAAAGCUCAACGCUCGGGGAAUGUGGAAUGCUGGAAAGGAUACAGAGUCGCUUCCGACUGAUGUCAAGCAGGACCUGGAGCAGCCUAGCGUUGUCCACGUCGAGAAGACCGCAGACACGAGCAGCGAGCCCGUGGAAAAGAAGAAGCCCAAGAAGAAGGUUGCUUUUGCUGACGAUCUCGACAUUGCCCCGGCUCCUAAGCCUCCGACUGCAGAGAAGAAGGCCGUUCCGGUCCGGGAGUCGAACGUGCCCGUUCUGUCAGACUCUGUUGUUGAACGCACAGGAUCUGUUGACAAAGUGCCUGUUAAAAAUGAUGCUCCGAAGAAAGUCUCCCGUUUCAAGACCGCGCGGAAGACCGAAACUGCAACCGAAGAGGCCACUGCUUCAGCAUCACAAUCUAGCAGCAGCUCUCGGUCCGCUGAACCUCGCUCAGCUCUGCGCAAGACUGAAGUGUCGUCAACGGUCUCAUCCCUACCUCUGUUCCCUGCCAAACCAGCGGAGCCCAAGCCUUUCUCCCAGCCUAUCUCCGACGUCAUCGAGAAAGACCCCACCCCCAGGGGUCCCGAAGGGAAGAUCCUCGCGGAUACGCUCGUCGAACGUGAGACUCCAGCAGGCUCAGCAGUAGCACCAGAGCCCGAUGAGCUUGACGAGCAGCUGCACAAGAAGGAGAUCGCAACCGAAUUCUACAGGAUACGGAACAGAAUGGUUCAGCAAAACGGCGGCUUCGUGGGCGAGGAACCCGAAAUCGUGCCCAUCGAGACCGAAGACGCUCCCAGACGGGUGAGCAGAUUCAAGGCCGCCCGUACGAGGUAGCAUUACCUAGGUAGAACGAACACAGUUACCCAAUCUACUGCAAGGAUGCAUGAGACACCGUGUUCUCCACGUAGAUGCCCAAGAAAGGACCGAAGCAAGGUAGCCUCUACCUUGGCAUGGCUAUAUCACUUUCCAUGGUAUUGUCAUUACGAUUCAAGUCCAAGAUCAAGAAACAGAGGGCUCUCUGACUGU